GGUAGAUCACAUGCGUGUUUCUACUGAAGAUAUCUUUGGCUGGUUUACAGCUCUUGCUUUGAGUUUGGCGCGUUGUUUAGUUGGGGAAUGGCAAGACAACCAGUGUUUCUGCAAGUAUUCCCACCUGUCCCCCGACUCCAGUGGCUGCGGGGAGGGCCGGUGGAGGGGAUGUCAGGGCUCUGAGGCUGGCGGAGGCUUCCCCCGGCCAGGGCCUGGGAGGGGAGCUUGAUCGGGGCCUCAAGCCUUGUGUAACCAGUGUUGACCUCCAGGCCGGGAGGUUGCGAGGCUGCCGUGGUAAAGUCUGGGGAAAGACCAGAUGUCAGGGACAUCAACCUUGUCCAGCUUCUUCAUUGCCUGGAAGAAUGGGUUGCUCGUUCACCUUUGCUGCAGUAUGGUCUUCUGGAGCACAGGAAGAAAAAUGGAAAGGGUGCUCACCUUUCUUCUGUACCUUAACCAGAAAAUCUGUGGCUUUAUAGAGAUAAAGAUAAUACAUGUUUAGGAACUGUUUUUUAAAAGGUCCUCCCUUUGCUCUCAGCUCAAAGAUAACCCCCGUCAGCAUACGCUUCCUUACAGCAGUGCACGCACAUACAUAGAAUUCUUUAUGAAAGUGUCGGAGGCAGGAAGCUGGGCGUGAAGUUUUGUAUCCUUUUUUUUUCUGUGAACGUUCCAUCUUCAGAAUGUUCCCUUCAUGAGUAUUCUUGCAUAUAGAGAACGUGAGCGUGUCAUUAUUGAUCUGACUAGUGCGUAGCAGGACACUUUACCACCCUGAACCCACCCAGAGAAGCAGCAUGCAGACUCCAGCCCCCUCCCCACCAUGUGGAGCCCUAGUAGCAGACAGACGGAAGGCAGAGCAGCCCCCAAGCAGGAGUGAGGGGCUGGGGGCAGGAGAGAGAGGAGUGAAGCCCUGAUCAGGAGGCGUUUGUAAUUCUAAGACCUCUUGUCUGUGUUUUGGAGAAGACAUUUAUUAAAGACAUGCCUCCUAAGGAUGAGAGUGCCCCCAGAGAGCCCCCCUGGGGUGCUGUGCCGUGCCUGUGUGUGACCAUGGCCCUGGGCCACUCAGAGUGUGCGAGUCUCAGGCGUUACUCUGGGUGAGCGGGGCAGUUGGCCGACCUGAACUGCCGCCAAGGUUUUGGCCCCUCUGGGCUCCAGUUUCCUUAACUACAAACUAGGGCACUGACCAGAUGGCCUUUAAGGUCUGUGCCAGCUCUGGCGUCUGUCCUCUGGAUGUGCGCUCGCCUUUGACAAAGCGCUUAUGUUGCCAGAGGGCUGGGGCUAGGUGGAAGCCGUGUCUCCCCGGGGCCUGGGUGAGGGGUGACCUUGGCCGCUGAACUCUCGUGUCUAGUGGUUUAGCGCACGUGCUACUUUCCAAGGGGGCAUCAACAGCUUCGCUCCCGUCCCGCUGUAUUGCUGCCUAUGUUCCGUCUGCACGGUAACUGCUAUUUCCCAACACCUGCUCUGUGCCGGACACUUUACACAUUAUCCCUCGUUUUCACAGGACUCUUGCAAGGUGUGUCCCUUCUGCUCCUUUCCAGAUGAGUCCAUCGAUUGUCUCGGGCCACGCAGCCAGGGAGCGUGUUCGAGUUCCACAGCUAGGUGGUUGGAUCGCUGCUUCUCGCUUAAAAAGAGCCCUUUUAUCCUGGGCCCUCCUUGAAGGUGGCGUGUUAGGGCCACGGCCUCUGCCGCUUUUCCCAAACUGCCCCCUCUCCAGGUUACUUCAGGACAUGAGGGAGGUCUGCCUGCGCUCUGGGCACUUUUGAGUAUAAGAUGGCAGACAUUGGUAGAUGGAGAGCCUGGGUCCCCCUGGGGCCUCUGGUCUGGGAGGGUGGAGCAGCCCUCUUCAGGGAGGCGCUCUGGCCAAGGCUGCCUCCCUGGGUUGGGGAGAACCGUCUGGUGAAUGAUGGUGCAUCCUGGUUUGGGCUGAGGUGGACAGAGAGAGGGAUGAAUACCAACCAGGACCAAAUACAAGUUUGGCUGCCCUGGGCCCGGGGAGACAGGGAGGCACGGGAAUUCCCAAGGGAAGUUUGUCCCUUGCAAACCACUCCCAGGUAUGAGGGAGGCGGUGAGAACCUCCCGGGAGCCCAGCGGGGUAUGGGUGACCCUAGGGAGGGGUCUGUGCAAACCUGAGCCACCCCCUUUGAAAGUGAGGGCUCCCGGUUCAAUUCGGCCUGCUGCAGGACCCUGACCUUCCUCUGUCGCCCCUCCUGUUUGAGGUAAAUGCAGUAACUCCCACUUUGCUUCUGGAGGAGUGAUUUACAUCUUUUUCCAAGGAGGAGCUCUCGGUUACUAUGGCGUUUUACAGUCUGUCUCUGGAAUGAGAAGGUCAAGGAAAAUGGGUCACGGGGUUUCCUUAAUAACCGCAGGAGCUGCUGACACAGGCAUUCUGGGGGAAUUCUCUGGGUUGGACUCACCGGGUUUGGCUAAUUCAGCUUUUCGAUCUCAUUCAGCUGAUUAAUGGGAGGAAGUGGUGGCUUCUCUGGCUGUGUGGGUUUUGCACCUAACGCAAGCCAGGCAGCCCGCAGUCCCUGGGAAGGGCCGCCCCUCCUCCUGUAGGCCGUUGGAGGCUUCCUCGGCCCCCUCCCAGCUGGAGGAGGGCUGGUUGCUAUGUGGUUGGUAGGACCUGCCAGGGGGUGGCAGUGAGAGCCUCUGCGCCCCCCCCCCGCCCGCCCCAGUCCUCCUCCCACGGGCGAUCCUGACGUCACUGUCGCCCUGAUGUGGACAAAUAUCGAGUAAGAUUGUUGAUCCGCAUCCAUCUGGGGGGUGGUUUUCCCCUCCCGAGAUUUCGGAGUGCCGUCAGGCUUCGGUUCCAACCUGGAAGCAAGAGGAGUACUUCCCAGCUGCUCUGCUCUCCAGGAGCCAGGGCAGAUUCCAAGAAGUAGCAGUUCAGGAUCCAAAGGAUGCCCUGCCUCCCCCCGUCUCCACCUGGGAAGCUGUUCCUGGCCUUCAUCCUUCCGAAUCCUUGAGACCUGGGACCCCCCAACAACUGGACCCAAGCGCUGGCGGACUCCUCCUCUUGACCUUAACUGCAGGAGGCGCUUCCCGAGGCAGGGCCAUGCUCACGUUCAUGGCCUCUGACAGUGAGGAGGAAGUGUGUGACGAGAGGACAUCCCUGAUGUCGGCGGAGAGCCCCCCGCCGCGCUGCUGCGAGGAGGCCCGGCAGGGCCUGGAGGACAGAGAGAGCGCUGCCCAGUGGUUCCAAAAUACCUGUGCCCGGCACCGCAGAGCCCACCACGGGGGCGUGCCAUGGCCCUCACCGAGCGGUUUUCCGCAGAGAAGCCAGGAUAGCGAGGAGGACCUCGACGAGGAUGCAGACCGCUACAUGUGCAGUGGGGUCCCCGGGCAGCCAUCGGGCCUGGAGGAGGAGCUGACCCUCAAAUAUGGGGCAAAGCACGUGAUCAUGCUGUUUGUGCCUGUGACGCUUUGCAUGGUUGUGGUGGUGGCUACCAUCAAGUCCGUGCGCUUCUACACAGAGAAGAACGGCCAGCUGCCCUAUGGAGCAGGCAGGGAGCAGAGUCUGCAGCCCGCCAUCUCCCUCAGCAUCUACACACCAUUCACCGAGGACACGCCCUCUGUGGGCCAGCGCCUGCUCAACUCUGUCCUCAACACCCUCAUCAUGAUCAGUGUCAUCGUGGCCAUGACCAUCUUCCUGGUCGUGCUCUACAAGUACCGCUGCUACAAGUUCAUCCAUGGCUGGUUGAUCAUGUCCUCCCUGAUGCUGCUGUUUCUCUUCACCUACAUCUACCUCGGGGAAGUGCUCAAGACCUAUAACGUGGCCAUGGACUACCCCACCCUGUUCCUAACUGUCUGGAACUUUGGGGCGGUGGGCAUGGUAUGCAUCCACUGGAAAGGCCCCCUCGUGCUGCAGCAGGCCUACCUCAUCAUGAUCAGUGCGCUCAUGGCCUUGGUGUUCAUCAAGUACCUCCCAGAAUGGUCUGCCUGGGUCAUUCUGGGCGCCAUCUCUGUGUACGAUCUCGUGGCUGUGCUGUGCCCCAAAGGACCGCUGAGGAUGCUGGUGGAGACCGCCCAGGAGAGGAACGAGCCCAUAUUUCCUGCCCUGAUAUACUCCUCCGCCAUGGUGUGGACGGUGGGCAUGGCCAAGCUGGACCCCUCCUCCCAGGGAGCCCUUCAGCUGCCCUACGACCCUGAGAUGGAAGAGGACUCCUAUGACAGUUUUGGGGAGCCCUCGUACCCGGAAGUCUUUGAGCCCCCCCUGCCUGGUUACCCAGGGGACGAGCUGGAGGAAGAGGAGGAAAGGGGCGUGAAGCUCGGCCUGGGGGACUUCAUCUUCUACAGCGUGCUGGUGGGCAAGGCGGCGGCCACGGGCAGCGGGGACUGGAACACCACGCUGGCAUGCUUCGUGGCCAUCCUCAUUGGUUUGUGUCUGACCCUCCUGCUGCUUGCUGUGUUCAAGAAGGCACUGCCCGCCCUCCCCAUCUCCAUCACGUUUGGGCUCAUCUUCUACUUCUCCACCGACAACCUGGUGCGUCCGUUCAUGGACACCUUGGCUUCUCAUCAGCUCUACAUCUGACGGGGCCGGCAGCCAUGGGAAGCUGUCGUGGGGGCCCUCACGUAGUUCUACACUCUAGUGCCAUAUAUUUUUAAGACUUUUCUUUCCUUAAAAAAAA